GCGGGUUAUGCUGGGGGCUUGGAUCGCUGUGGACAACUGGACAAUCAGGACAGCACCAUGGAGGACUGGCAGGAGGAUCAUGAAGAGGGGCUGGAGGAUGCUCUGGAACAGGAGGAGUAUGAAGACCCAGAUGUCCCUGUGCUUCAGGUGGAGGAGCCAGUAGCUGAUUACGCUGAGCCGACAGCCACAGACUACGACACCAGCCCAGACCCAGACGCCACAUCGCGCGCAGCCACCCACGAGGUGUACGUGGAGCUGCAGGAGCUGGUGAUGGAUGAGAAGAACCAGGAGUUGCGGUGGAUGGAGGCAGCGCACUGGGUGCGGCUGGAGGAGAACCUGAGGGAGGAUGGGGUCUGGAGCCGCCCGCACCUGUCCUACCUCACCUUCUGGAGCCUCCUGGAGCUGCAGAAAGCCUUUGCCAAGGGUACCGUCCUCCUGGAUCUGCCAGAGACCUCCCUGGCGGGAGUGGCCAACCAGCUGCUGGACGGGUUCAUCUAUGAGGAGCAGAUCCGGCCUGAGGCCCGAGACCUGCUACUCCGGGUCCUGCUGCUCCCACACAGCCAUGCCGGAGACCUGGAGGCCCUGGAGGGUGUGAAGCCCACGGUUCUGAUGCGUUCCGGGAACCCCUCACAGCCUCUGCUCUCCCAGCACCCCUCGUUAGAGACGGAGCUCUUCUGUGAACAGGUGAGGCCGUACUAGGGCUGUGGGGAGAGGCAGGAAGCGACCCACCUGAACAGGGUUAGAAACAGUGGUUAGGCGGGGCGCCUGGAAGGAGCUGGGAGAGAGGGUUCUGGUUCCCGGAGGCCGUGGAUGUGGACUCUUGGGUCCUUUCGUCUAGCGGGUCCCGGCAGCCCUGACCCUCUCUCUGGCCCCCAGGUGUUCCGCACAGAUGCCUACCUGGCUCAGAGCAAGGCGGAGCUGGUCCGCAACCUGGAGGGCUUCCUGGACUGCAGCCUGGUGCUGCCUCCCUGCGAAGCCCCCUCCGAGCAGGCCCUGCUCAGUCUGGUGCCCCUGCAGAAGGAGCUGCUGCGGAGGCGCUACCUGCUCAGCCCCGCCAAGCCUGAGCCCCGCUUCUACAAGGGUCUGGAUUUGUAUGGGGGCCCAGGGGCCCCUGCUGGGCCAGACGACCCUCUGCAGCGGACAGGCCUGCUCUUUGGGGGCCUGGUGCGUGACAUCCGGCGCCGCUACCCCCACUACUUGAGUGACAUCACAGACGCGUUCAGCCCCCAGGUCCUGGCUGCUGUCAUCUUCAUCUACUUUGCUGCCUUGUCACCUGCCAUCACCUUCGGCGGCCUCCUGGGAGAAAAGACCCAGAACCAGAUGGGGGUGUCGGAGCUGCUCAUCUCCACUGCGGUGCAGGGCAUUCUCUUCGCCCUGCUCGCGGCUCAGCCCCUGCUUGUGGUUGGCUUCUCAGGACCCCUGCUCGUGUUUGAAGAAGCCUUUUUCUCGUUCUGCACCAGCUACAACCUGGAGUACAUCGUGGGCCGCGUGUGGAUCGGCUUCUGGCUGGUCCUGUUCGUGGUGCUCAUAGUGGCCUUCGAGGGCAGUUUCCUGGUCCGCUUCAUCUCCCGCUACACCCAAGAGAUCUUCUCCUUCCUCAUCUCCCUCAUCUUCAUCUAUGAGACCUUCGUCAAGCUGAUCAAGAUCUUCCAGGACCAUCCACUUCAGAAGCAUUAUGACCACAAUGUGACAGUGGUGCCCAAACCUCAGGGUCCCCUGCCCAACACAGCCCUCCUCUCCCUUGUGUUCAUGGCUGGCACCUUCUUCUUCGCCAUGAUGCUGCGAAAGUUCAAGAACAGCUCCUACUUCCCUGGCGUGCUGCGACGGGUCAUUGGGGACUUCGGGGUCCCCAUCUCCAUUCUGAUCAUGGUCAUGGUGGAUUUCUUCAUCGAGGACACCUACACCCAGAAACUCAGUGUGCCUAAAGGCCUCUCAGUGUCCAACUCCUCAGCCCGGGGCUGGGUCAUCCACCCACUGGGCAUAUAUUCGCAUUUCCCCAUCGGGAUGAUGUUUGCCUCCGCCCUGCCUGCCAUGCUGGUCUUCAUCCUCAUCUUCCUUGAGUCCCAGAUCACCACGCUGAUUAUCAGCAAACCAGAGCGCAAGAUGAUCAAGGGCUCUGGCUUCCACCUGGACCUGCUGCUGGUCAUAGGCAUGGGCGGUGUGGCUGCCCUCUUUGGGAUGCCCUGGCUCAGUGCCACCACUGUUCGUUCUGUCACCCACGCCAACGCGCUCACUGUCAUGGGCAAGGCCAGCGCCCCAGGGGCCGCAGCCCAGAUUCAGGAGGUCAAGGAGCAGCGGAUCAGUGGGCUCCUGGUUGCUGUGCUCGUAGGCCUGUCCAUCCUCAUGGGGCCCAUCCUGUCCCGCAUCCCCCUGGCUGUGCUGUUUGGCAUCUUCCUCUACAUGGGGGUCACGUCCCUCAGCGGCAUCCAGCUCUUUGACCGCGUCUUGCUUCUGUUCAAGCCGUCCAAGUACCACCCAGAUGUGCCCUACGUCAAGCGGGUGAAGACCUGGCGCAUGCACUUGUUCACGAUCAUCCAGAUCAUCUGCCUGGCAGGGCUGUGGACGGUGAAGACCUUCCCCAGCGCCUCGCUGGCCCUGCCCUUCGUCCUUAUCCUCACGGUGCCUCUGCGCCGCCUCCUGCUGCCGCUCAUCUUCAGGACGCUGGAGCUCCAGUGUCUGGACGCUGACGAUGCCAAGCCGACCUUCGAUGAAGAGGAGGGUCGGGAUGAAUACAACGAGGUGACCAUGCCCGUGUGAGGGGAAGGCAUGGGCCUCCAAGCUCCCUCCUCCCUCCCACUUCCCCACUCUCCCAGGAAAAGCAGAAGUUCAUGGGUAUCUCAUGGACUCUCAGAUUCCUCCUGGGGUAGGAA